AUGCCGCAGUUCGUUGAGUCGUCGGAUGGAAAGACAUUCCCUCUGUAUUCACCGACCAGUCAAGAGGUCGUUGCUGAAGUCUGCGAAGCCAGCGAAAAGGACACCGACGAUGCUGUGGCAGCAGCGAAGGCUGCAUUCCCUGCAUGGAGUGCGUUGUCUCCCACCGACAGAGGCAAGUACAUGAAGAAGCUGGCGGCUCUGUUGAAGGAAAGUCACAAGGAAAUGGCGUGGCUCGAAGCCAUGUCGAUGGGGCGACCAGUCAGCACCUACUUCGAUGCUUUCGCCGCUGCGGAGCAGUACGAGCAUUACAGCGAAGUUGGCUACGAUGCGCAGGGCACUUCCAGUUUGAACACGCCCGGAUUCGUAAAUAUGACCUUCAGACAGCCAUACGGAGUGGUUGCCGCUAUCAUUCCAUGGAACGUCCCAGCCUUAUUCUUUGCGAAGAAAUCGGCGCCUGCUCUGGCCGCGGGUAAUACAGUCAUAGUCAAGAGCAGCGAAAAGGCGCCUCUUACAUCAGCGUACAUAUCAAGGCUCAUCGAAAAAGCUGGCUUUCCUCCUGGGGUGUUCAACGUCCUUUCCGGCCAUGGGAACAUCUCGGGUGCAAUCCUAUCGUCGCACAUGGACGUCAGGGCUUUGUCAUUCACGGGAUCAUGCCGAACGGGCAAACUGAUACAAGCAGCCGCGGCCAAAUCGAACCUGAAGUCCGUCAUCCUGGAGCUCGGUGGGAAGAGUCCGGCCAUUGUGUUCGACGAUGCGGAUUUGGAUGCUGCUGUAGAGGAAACCCAGAACUCCGUUCAAUGGAACUCGGGCCAGGUCUGCAUGGCAAAUUCUAGGCUGUAUGUCCACUCCAAGGUCGCGGACAAGUUCGUGGAGGCAUUCAAGGCCCGUUUCGCGAAAAUCAAACCAGGCGAUCCGACUGAUCCUAACACAAACCAUGGUCCUCAGGCCGACAAGGUCCAGUUCGAGAACGUGCAGAAAUACAUCGAGCUUGGACGACAGGCUGGCGAGCUCGUGCUUGGCGACCAGGCUUUGGAGGUAAAUGGGAACGCGAAGGGAUUUUUCGUCCCUCCUACCGUCUUUCUAAAGACGGCCGAAGGAGAGCGUGUGAUGAAGGAGGAGAUCUUUGGUCCAGUCGUUCAUAUCAAUACGUUUGAGACGGAAGAGGAAGUGAUCAAGAAGGCCAAUGAUACCGAGUUCGGCCUGUACGCGUCAGUGUAUACCAAGAAUAUUGACCGAGCAAUGCGGUUUGCCAAAGCACUUGACAGUGGAACCGUGGGCAUCAAUUGCACAUCCCCGACCGGAGCGAGGGAUAUGCCAUUCGGAGGUUACAAGCAGUCGGGCACGGGUCGUGAAGGCCAUCGUGUAUCGUUGGACAACUUCCUCGAAACCAAGACCGUGCUCAUCAAAAUUGCUGCAGCUUGA